AUGAGUCAGUGGAGAAAACUGGCGAUCCUCCUCCUGGCUUUGGUGUCGGCCUCGGCAGCACCGGCACCGGCGCCGGCGCCGGAGACGGCCUCGGUAGCACUUGCGCAGGCGCCGGAGACAGCCCCGGCCCCGGACUCACAGGGCGACUGCACCGGGUCGCUGUUGGGACUGGCGAGCUGCCUGUCGUUCGUGAUUGCUGGCGCCACAGACAAGAAACCCGAUGCCGCGUGCUGCUCUGGCCUGAGGGAUCUCUUGAAACAGGACGCCCAGUCGGGAACCAACGCUAUGGCGACCUGCAUGUGCAAAUCCUUUAAAGAUCAGGCCAGCCAACUGAACCUCAACACCACCAGGGCCCAGUCUCUACCUGGUGACUGCAAAGUUACAUUCCCCCACAUUGCCAAUUGUGAUUUCGGCGGUGGCGGUGGCGGUGGCGGUGGACCAAGUGCUUCCCCUGUCCCAGCUCAUUCACCAGUGGCUUUAGAGCUCCCCACGGGCUCGAACCCCCCGAACAGCGUGGCUCCGAGUACCCCUGCAGACACACCACAAGGCAAUGGUGCGCCAGCUGGAUCGACCUCGGCUGCCACAAUUUUGCUGCCGGCCAAAUUAGUCAAUAAGAUGCUCUUUCUUAUUUUAGUGUCCACCGUGUUUGUUUCUGUUUCUAUAUGA